UUAUAUGGGUGCGGGCGGCCGCGGGCGGGCAUUCUAGUGGAGUGUGUGGCACCGUGCGGACGUAGGCCAGGCCGAGCGGAUCGGAGCCGAGGAGCGACAGAGAGAGCGAGCGAGAGCGAGGCCUGGCACCCUGCGCCCAGCGGCUGCGCCCCGCCCGGACGGAUUACUGACGGAUAACAACACAGUGUGAACAGUGCGGUGUCGUGUGCAGUGACAAUGGCAACAGAGGCCCAGAAGCUCAUCAGCAUUUCGCUGGCGAAAAUCGCGCAGUCGCGCACCCAGCGGGGUGGCGUGAGUUUGCACAAGAACCUGCUGGUGGCGACCGUGCUGCAGAAGGCGCGGUACAUCUUCAUGGAGGAGGCGUACCACAUGGUGCAGGCGUCCGAGUGCUACGCGGCGCAGGACACGACGGGCCUGAUGGCGGCCAGCGCCCAGGCCGACCAGGAGGCCGAGGACGCGUCGUCGUCGUCGACGUCGUGCUCGCGGUGCGUGUCGGGCGAGGACAAGGAGAACCAGUGCCCGUCGUGCCAGCCCCCGCCCACCUACCUGGACCUGGACAAGUCCACCGCCGUUCUGAGGACGGACGCGUCCUGCUCGUCGCCCAAGUGUCUGAAGCGGCGGCGCGUCGCCGAGUGGGAGACCGAGGAGGCCGUGCAGUCCAUCCUGCCCAAGAAGUCCAAGUGCUGCGACGGGGAAGCCCCAGCGGCAGCCACCCCGGAGGCGUGCGCAGCCGCCGCCAAGGGCCUGGCGGAGGCGGCGGCGGCCGCGGCGGAGGACGACGACGACGACGAGGAUGAGGACGACGACGAGGACCAGCCCGCGCGCUCGGCCAUGGAGAUCGACCGCAUCACCAGUCUCGUGUCCAUCUUCAGCUUCGGUGGCCUGGCCGGCCCGCUGGCCUGCGGCGUCGGCGGCGGAGUCGGGGGCGGCGGCGGCGGCGGCUCCUCCCCGGACCUGGCGGACCUCUCGGACCUGUCGGACCUCAAGCUGACCAGAUCCGUCUCCACGCCCGACCUGUGCUCGGCGCAAGCCAAGGAGGGCGUUGACUCGUUACAGCAAAGACCAUUUAUCGCCAUGACGGUGUAAUGAAAUGAGGGGGGAAUUCCCUGGGCCGGCCUUUCCGGGACGGCCAUUCACACCAAGGGGAAUGCCUUGUGAUCCCUCGCAGUCGCGACGACUGUUGUCAAUUAAUUUGUACUUUUAUACGGACUUGAGCUCUGCUCGGGGGUGCGUGGGUGAUUGUGAUAAGGGUGACGAUUUCAGUGAUUAGGAAGGAAGGGACGUGAUCAGAGCAUUGGCCUUGGUGUCGAAUUGGGCUCGUUUUUUUCCAUGGAAAGUGCGAUGUUGUGCUGUGACUUGUUAAUUUUGUUAUUUUUCUCUGUUGGGCGUUUUUAUCAAAAAUUUAAGAGGGUUAAUCCCGAAAAUUGUUUUUUUUUAAAUAAUUAUUAUUUUUACUGUGACGUCCUUUUCUUAACAGCCUUAGAACUAAGGAUCCACAAAUCUCGUUGUUUGGCCGAAUGUUCGAAAUUUUGACCCGUUUUAACUGCUCUGUGGCUCCUGUGGCCUGUAAAUACUCUUUACAGUGUACAUCGAUUAACAAAUCAACUUUUUGGGACCGCCCAAUUUCAGCUUUGGGAGAGGGAGGGGGGAAGUUGUCCCAAUGUUUUGGUUGGGGGAAGUCCACUGAGCCUCUGCCCUGUCUUAAAAUCGGCCCCUUUUGUAUUUGUUCGAUAUUGGGGGGUCCUGUGCGUUGAGUAUUGAUCUAGUCGUGGAUUUACUUACUGUGUUUAAGGCUUUUUUCAAUUACGUAUUCACGUGAACCGCUCCACGUUCUUACCGAGAGCAUUACGUACAGAAAUCUCUAAAGGAUAUCCAGAAAACCCUGAAAAAAAUAUUCCUAAAAAUUCCCGAGUGUCACAUUCCGUUUCAAGGGUUUGACUUGCUUUCGCGAAGGCAUAUCGAUUCAGUAGUAAGCAGCUGUGAAGUGAAAUGUCUUAAGAUGUAUUGUUGGGAGUCUUUUCAACACAUGCCUACCACUUCAAAUCAAGUGUGGAUUUAUGGUCUUUAAAUUAAAUUUUAUCAAAUGAAUAUAGUGAAAUUGUUUACAUACUCGUUGAACUUUGACCUAAUGAAGCUGCAGGUGACUUGAAGUUCGGUGCGUGUUGAGAGUGCCCCCACUAUGUGUGGACCAGUGUUGCUCUCUAGUUAUUUGCAUAUGAGGGGAGACUACAUCCAUACAAAAUGCCCAAUAUUUUUCAACUGAUUGUUGACUAAGUUCAAUUAAUUCAAGAGGCUAUGUAUUCCUUAGUAUAAAUUUUUGGUGCAAACAGUUCAAAAUUAUCAAAAAAUUGCCCAAUUUAAAUGAAUAUUAUAUUGCAAUUUCUGCAGUAAUGAACUGUAUAUAUGUGAUGACGAGCUCUGUUUUAGGAGUUCAAAUAAUGUAGAUAGUAACAUAUGUGAAGAUUAAAUAAUGUUUUAUUGCAA